CAUCGAUUCCUGUGUCUGUUGGUCCUGGAGCAGGCGAAGUGGGCGCGCGCGUGUGCAUGAAGACUCCACGGUGGAGUGCGUGGAGUGUGUGUGCUCAUUGCGGGUCUAGGCGGCGUCUCCCCUCCGCUCCAGGAUUAGCUGUCUUCUCUUGCUGCGCUCCCCGGAUUCCAUUCCGUCUUUUCCUUUCAGGGCUGAGCUCCCAGCGCGCAGGACUUUCCAGUGACUCCGCGCGGCUGCAUUCAGCCCCAAAGUUGCCCCAAGAGCGCAGGAGGUUGGAGGAAGGGGGUGGUGGAGAGGACGGAGCACGUCUGGAGGGUCCUGAUCCUUUCAUUUUUUUUUGUUUCUUUUUUUCUUCUAGUCGCUUCCUUCCUAGUGGAGCGCAAAGGGAUCUCUGCGUUACCUGUUGAUGAAGUCCCACGGGGAGUGAGGGCGCACAGGAGCAGCCGCGUUUUUUCACGGUCCGGAGCCAGGCGAAGGGACCUUGGGGUUGUUUUUCUUUUUAAUUUACCCCCUUUCCCCCCCCCCCUCCAGCAGGAGCGAACCGUUGCUGGGUUUGCUGUAAAAUGGGCACUCCGACCACUUUGUGCCAAGGACUUAUCCUCUGUUUGCUGCUCACAUGUCAGCUGAGUUCUGUGACUCAGGCGUCAAAGGUGUGGGGAGAGGUCCCGCUUCCAGAAGAUUUAGAGUCGGAAAAGGAUGUCCAGGCGUCCCGGAGUUUGCUAGACGAUGAUGAGGACUUUGUUGCGGAUGGAGCGUCAGGAGAGCUGCCCAGCGGAGAGGAAGAUGGCAGCACACCGGAGCCUGAGACCACAAUUUAUUUCAGAGCUUUUGUCAACUUCACCAACUCUUUGGUCUUCAGCCCUGCACUCCAGGACCCAUCAUCUACUCAGUUUGAAGAGAUUUCGGAGGCCGUAAUGGACACGCUGGAGUCAGAGUACAACAAGAUUCAAGGUGUCCAGUCAGUCAGCGUAGUCCACAUCAAAAAAGUGACAAGAGAGGAUGGAGUUGAUGUUUUUGUGGAAUUGGACGUAGGCACCAAUUAUGACAAUGAAGAAUUGAUCCGCAGUGUGCUUUAUAACGUGGUAGAGGAUGGCUCCAUUGCGUCCUACGUCACCUCAGUCAGGGGCUUUCAAUUCAGGCGUCUUGGAAAAGCAAUGCCUUCAGUGGAACCCAUAGCAGAGCCAGUUGUUCCCAUCAUAAGACCCUGCAUGGCAAAUGAGUUCAGGUGUGGUGAUGGAACGUGCAUCCCGUUGAAUUACAAGUGUGACAACAGAGCUGAUUGCCGGGACUUGAGCGACGAGGAGACCUGUGGUUUUAUCGCUCCAGUCUAUACAACACCUGCACCAAUCACAGUCCCUCCCAUGAAAGUUUUGCCCCCCGCUCCACCUUUACGCUGCAGAGCGGAUCAGGCCACAUGCCAGAGUGGGGAGUGUAUCUCUCGUGACUACAUCUGUGAUGGAGAACGGGACUGUGCAGAUGGAAGCGAUGAAUUCAGAUGUGGCACUCCAUCACCUUGUGAGCCAAAUGAGUUUAGGUGUAAAAAUGGCCGCUGCGCCCUCAAGCUUUGGCGCUGCGAUGGUGACAAUGACUGCGAGGAUAAUUCUGAUGAAAUGGACUGUCCUACCAAAGGCCCUGAAGAGCAGUGCGCAUCUAAGCACUUUGAAUGCGUCAGUGAUCGCAAGUGCAUCCCAGCUAGUUACCAGUGCGACGAAGAGCCGGACUGUGCUGAUCGCUCUGACGAGUACGGCUGCACCCCUCCCACUGUAACAACCCCACCAGAGGAGUCCAUCCAGGCUGUACGGGGCUCAACUGUUAUGUUCACCUGUCGGGCUGUUGGCGUUCCAACCCCAAUGAUCACCUGGAGACUCAACUGGGGACACAUUCCUGUGAGUGGCAGGGUUUCCAUGAACAAUAAAAAUGGUUUUGGCACCCUCACGAUCCGUGAUGUGAAGGAGUCGGACCAGGGGGCGUACACAUGCGAGGCCAUCAAUGCUAAAGGCCUGGUGUUCGGGGUCCCAGAUGGAGUGUUAACCCUGGUAUCAAACCCAAUCCCAGGCAACUGCCCUGAUGGUACCUUCAGUGUGAACGACCGCUGUGUGCCCUGCUUCUGCGCUGGAAUUUCCAAGAACUGCAAAAGCGCUGGGCGCUACCGUGACCAGAUCAGACUGCGCUUCACUGAUGAGGAAGACUUCAAAGGAGUGAACGUCAGCUACCCCUCCAGGCCCAGCACUCCCCCGCUCUCCUCCACCCAGCUCCUCAUUAAGCCAGAGAUGGAGGAGUUCCAACUCGUUGACUUAUCACGGCGUUUCCUCAACCUUGACUCCUUUUGGACUUUGCCUCGCCAGUUCCUGGGGAACAAAAUUGAUUCCUACGGAGGAACCCUAAAAUUUAAGGUGCGUUACACCUUGGCUCGAGGUCUGUCUGAGUCUGUGGAGAGGCCAGAUGUCAUUCUGGUUGGAAACGGACGCCGGCUUGUGUACCGCAGAGGCCAAAGCACCCCAGCCAAUGUGGUCAACCAGAAAGAGAUCCGAUUCACUGAAGACAACUGGCAGCACUCGAACGGACAACCCGUGAGCCGUGGCGAGCUGAUGAUGACUUUGGCUAACCUGGAUUCCAUCAGCAUCCGCACCAUCUACGACAACCACAUGGUCAGUGUGGCACUCAGUGACAUUGUCAUGGAGACCACCACCACAGAGUUCAUCUCACUAGGUCCUGCUAGGGAUGUGGAAGAAUGCAGAUGUCCUGCAGGAUACACGGGCCUGUCUUGUGAAAUUUGUUCCUCCGGUUUCGAGCGUGUCCCUGGUGGCCUUUAUCUUGGCACCUGUGCAGGGUGUAACUGCAAUGGACAUGCCACAGACUGUGAUCCCAUCAGCGGAAACUGCUUGAGCUGCCAGCACAACACAGAAGGCCCUCAGUGUGAGAAGUGUCGCCCCGGCUACUUUGGUGACCCAGGUCGGGGUCGCCCUGAUGACUGCAAGCCAUGUCCCUGUCCGUACCCGGAGACCUCACGUCGGUUUUCUGACACCUGUUUCCUGGACAUCGACCAGCAGGCCACGUGUGACGCAUGCAGGCCUGGAUACACCGGAAGACGCUGUGAAAAGUGUGCACCUGGUUACCAGGGUAACCCCCUCCUACCAAAUGGGAAAUGUGUUUCACAAAGUUCUAAGUGCGAUAACAGGGGAACUGUCAGCUCCAGCAGCAGGCCCUGCAGCUGCAAGAACAACGUGGCAGGCGCUUCGUGUGACGAGUGUAAGCCAGGCUUCUUCCAUCUGUCUCAGGCCAACCCCCAAGGCUGCCUCUCCUGCUUCUGCAUGGGUGUCAGCAAAACAUGCGCCAGCUCCACUUGGAGGAGAGAUCAGGUGCGAGGAGGUGUGAACGGCCAGCUGUUCUCCCUGUCGAACAGGGCCAACACCAACACUAUCUCUGAGGGUAUCUCCCAGAGGGGCCCUUCUGAGAUUGUCUACCGCUUCUUCACGAGUCUCCCUGACGACAUCUACUACUGGAAUCUGCCUGAGAGCUUCAGAGGAGAUAAGGUGACUGCCUAUGGCGGGGAACUUCAUUACACAGUCCGCUUUGAGCCUUUCCAGCGCUCACAGAGUGUCGACAAUCAGCCAGAUGUGGUUCUCCAAGGAAACGAUAUCCUCCUGGAAUACUACCAUCCGAUAAAGCUGAUCCCACGUGUAGCACAAACAGUAACUGUAACCUUCCGAGAGUCAGCUUGGCGUCGCUCGGAUGGGCAGCCGUGCACACGGGAGCACUUGCUGAUGGCUCUGGCUGACGUUGAUGUGUUCAUGAUUAGGGCCACCUAUGCAGACAACCUGGCUGAAAGCAGUAUUUCAGAUGUCCAGAUGGACAUUGCCGUUCCUCACUCUACAGGUAACGAGGUGGCUCUGGAGGUGGAAGAGUGCGCCUGCCCUCUGGGAUACAGAGGGCCAUCUUGCCAGGAAUGCGAAGUAGGCUACUCACGAACCCGCUCUGGCAUUUACCUGGGAACCUGUGAGAGGUGUGACUGCAAUGGCCAUUCCAGCAGCUGUGACCCGGAGACUGGCAGGUGUCUGCAAUGUCUUCAUAACACUGAUGGGCAAAGAUGUGAGCGUUGUCAAAAUGGUUACUAUGGAAACCCUCUCACGGGAGACCCCCAGGCCUGCCAACCCUGCCCCUGCCCUGGAACCACCCCUGCCAACCAAUUCUCAUCCACUUGUUAUAUGCAUUCUGAUGGUCAGCCAACCUGUGACAACUGCCCCCCUGGAUUCACUGGUCGGCGCUGUGAAAGAUGUGCCCAAGGAUACACUGGAAACCCGCUUACUGGACAGAGGUGUCAAGUUGAGAAUUAUAUUAAUGGUAACUGCUACAACUGUGAUCAGACAGGAAGCCAAGGCUGUACUGGUGGAACAUGCUACUGCAAGAUGAACGUCGAAGGUUCAUCCUGCUCCAGCUGCAAGCCCGGAGCUUUCCACCUUCACCAGGAUAACAAGGAAGGCUGUCUGUCCUGCUUCUGUAUGGGGGUCACCCAGCAGUGCUCAAGCUCGACCCACUACAGGGACACUGUGACCUCAGCCUUCUUUCCAGGAAACUUUGAGGGAUUUGCUUUGGUGAACCGUCAGCGAACAAAUCGCAUUUCCACCGGUUUCACUGUGGAAGUUUCCACUGAGGGCACUCAGCUGUCCUACAGCAACUUUGACUACUUGGGAGAGGAACCUCACUACUGGCAGCUUCCAGAGGCCUACAAGGGAGACAAGAAACCCUCUCACUUUAGACGUAGGACACGAGCAGAGCAGGCCGAUGUCAGAAAGCUGGACGAAGAGGUGUGGCCUCUCCUGCUCAAUCACUCCAAUGAGCGCACCGGUCCCUAUUUAUUCUUUCCCUCCUCAAAAUCCUCCUCCUCUUCCCGGGUCGCAACCUCUUCCUCCUCCCAAUUGUUUUUGCAUAACUGGAGCCCUCCAUCUCCUCCAUCUGCUGCCUCCUCUUCAGUUAGACCCACCAGACCACAGCCAUACCCCCCAGGCCAUGCUCCACACCUGCAGAGCAAGAACACUGUGAGGGAGAGGGCUCCUGGUGGCAGCAGCAAGUAUGCUCUGGUCUACAAAGGCUUCAGCUUGCAUCAGGAUGAUGUGCUCUACUGGCAGCUCCCAGAAAAGUUCACUGGGGAUAAGGUGGUUUCUUAUGGUGGAAAACUUAAAUACACCAUUUCGUAUGUGGCUGAAUCAACAAAAUCACUCCAGGAUGAUCCUGACGUUCAAAUUAUUGGCAAUGACAUCACCUUGGUGGCUCGCCAGCCCUGGAGGCAGUUUCCCGGCAGACAGACCAAACACUUCGAGGUCGUUUUCAGAGAGGAACACUGGCGCAGACCAGAUGGCAUUCUUGCCACCCGAGAGCACUUAAUGAUGGUUCUGGCCGAUCUGGACGACAUCCUGAUUCGAGCUUCUUACUCGGCUGACAUGCGCUCUUCCAGCAUCUCUGACGUCAGCAUGGAAAUCGCCGUGCCCAACUACAGCGGCCUCGCACAAGCCCUGGAGGUGGAACAGUGCCGCUGCCCCCCUGGGUACCAGGGACUCUCCUGCCAGGACUGUGCUCCUGGGUACACACGCACCGGAACAGGCUUAUAUCUGGGUCACUGCGAGCUCUGCGAGUGCAACGGACACUCUGAUUCCUGCCACCCCGAGACUGGCAUCUGCACGAGCUGCUCCCAUAACACUCAGGGCGAGUUCUGCGAGCUUUGCGCCCCCGGCUUCUUCGGCGAUCCAACUGUUGGUACUCCGGCUGACUGCCAGCUGUGUGCUUGCCCUCACACUGACCCAGAGUAUCAGUUCUCCCCCACCUGUGAGAGCCUCGGCAACGCAGGCUACCGCUGCACAGCUUGCCAGCCCGGCUACACCGGCCAGUACUGUGAACGAUGUGCUCCCGGAUACGUAGGAAACCCUCAGAACAGAGUAAGGUGUCGCCCACAUGACGCCGCGGCCGCUCUGAUUGUGAAAGUUUAUCCGGAGAGGUUCCGAACUUCCCAAGGCAGCUCAGUGACUCUGCGCUGCCAGGUGUCUGGAUCUCCUCCGCACCACUUCCACUGGUCUAGAGAGGACGGACGGCCCAUCUCCAGCAGCACUGAAAGGCGCAAGGAAGGAGCGGAGCUACACUUCCCCUCCGUCCAGCCCUCUGACGCAGGCGUUUACAUCUGCACCUGCAGGGACCUGCGCAGCACCAACAGAAGCCGGGCUGAGAUUUUUGUCACCGGUGGGCCAUCUAAACCUAUCGAGGUCACGGUUGAGGAGCCUAAAACCCAGACGGUCCGGGUCGGUUCGACUGUCAGCUUUAUCUGCACUGCAAGGAGCAAGUCACCAGCCUACACCCUGGUGUGGACCCGAGAAGGUAACCGAAAGCUCCCCAACCGGGCCAUGGACUUCAACGGCAUCCUGACCAUCCAGAACGUGCAGCCCGCGGACGCGGGCGUCUACAUUUGCACGGGCUCCAACAUGUUUGACAUGGACGAGGGCAGCGCCAUCCUCUAUGUGCCAGAGGUCUCACAGACUCAGAUGUUUUACACAGCCUAUGAAAUGUUUGAAGGACACGGACUGCCUGCAGAGGGGGCCCAGCCUGUGGCCAUCGUCACUCCCACAGUCCUGAACGUCCUGCAGGGCCAGCGAGCAGAGCUGCGCUGCACUGCGACUGGAAUCCCAACCCCAGCCAUCGAAUGGAUCGGAGGUCCCGGGGGCAGAUUGAGUCCCAGAGCUGUGGUGCGAGGCGGCGUGCUGACCUUCAAUGCUGUGGAUCUGGCUGAUGAGGGACAGUACAGCUGCAAGGCCCUAAACACUUACGGGGAGCACACAUCACAGGCGUCCAUCUUUGUCCGAAGAUCCAAUCCCAUUGGCAUUGGCACCCAACCCCAAGUCCAAGUCAAUCACCAAAAUGUUGAAGUCCUUGAGGGUGACACCUUAAGGUUGUACUGCAGGGCAUCAGGGUCACCCACUCCAAAGCUCUCCUGGACAAAAGCGGACGGACAAAUCCCUCCACAGGCCAUUCCCUCUCACGGUUUCCAUCAGUUUAAAAGCAACAGUCUCGAUGUGUUACAGAGACGUAUUGAGGAGCUGCAGGCUCGGACGGACCGCACAGACAUCGGCACUCUGUUGAUCCCUGACAUCAAGAUUUCUGACUCGGGGACUUAUAUGUGCGUGGGCCACAACAGCGUUGGCUCAAAUACCGCUCCCGUUCGAGUCAAUGUGCUCAAGGCAGCAGACCAUAGCUCCGUAGCUGUUUCCAUUCAGCCUUCCAUAGCCGAUGUUCAAGAAGGCCAGAGUCUGGACCUGAACUGCCUUGCUCCUGGCAAUCCUCCUCCAAGGGUCACCUGGACUAAAGUGAGCGGAGGCCUCUCUGCCAACCACAAGGUCAUUGGAAGUCAAUUGCGUAUUCUGUCCGCCAGCGCAGAAGACUCUGGAGAGUAUAUUUGUCGGGUGGAGGGAAGCCCUGGGAAUUCUCAUUUCCAUCAGGCCUCUGUCUCUGUGUCUGUUACCUCACCUUCUUCACGCUUGCAGAGCCCCAUUAUUGCCAUUGAACCGCACAGUGCCGCAGUGGAAGAGGGGAAAUCCACCAGCUUCAGGUGCAAGGUGUACGGUGGAGCCGAGCCGGUCAAACUGGAGUGGAAGAUGGCCAACAAUCAGCCAUUGCCUGUCAACGCCAAAGUUAGUCCUGACGGUUCCGUUUUGACCAUCACCAAUGCCCGUCGUGAAAAUUAUGGACCCUACCGCUGCAUAGCCAGCAACCUGUUUGGCGUGACCCAGUCCAUAGUGUCUUUGAUUGUCAAAGUGUCUCCUGUGGUCACCGUCACCCCUGUUGGACCGGUGCAGGUCAGGGUGGGAGACCCUAUUACCCUGGAGUGUCAAGCAGGGGGGGAACCUCACCCUUCGGUCUCGUGGCACAGGUUGGACAACAACCGCAAAACCAUGCUGAAAAGUCCUCUGCCCAUGGAAUCUAAUGCUCUCCUGCAGAUUCUGGUCGCACGUCCAGAGGACAGCGGCACUUAUGUGUGCACAGCUCAAAACUCUAAUGGACUCUCUGAGACCAAUGUGGAAGUGAUUGUUCAGGGUGGACCUUUGGUCCCAACAGCACCCAUGGUGACAGCUCCUGAGCCAUUCAUGGUGGUGGUGGAGGGACAGAGUGUAACACUGCAUUGUAAUGUGCAAGGAUUUCCCUCACCAUUGAUGUCGUGGUCCAAGCUGCGGUCCCCUCUGCCUUGGAGGCACAAGCUGGUGAACGGUAGCCUGGAGCUGCCCAGCGUUGGCCGGCAGGACUCAGGUGAAUACAUCUGCAGUGGCAGAAAUACCAUGGGAACCAGCGAAGCCACCAUCAUGCUCGAUGUUGAGACUCCUCCGUACACCACUUCCACGCAGAACGAUGUAGCUGUACGGGUCGGGGAGGUGAUCCGGCUGCAGUGUCUCGCCCAUGGCACGCCUCCGUUGACCUUCGUCUGGACCAAAGUGGAUGGACAGCUGCCUCCCCGAGCUGAGGUUGAUGGCGGUGAUCUACAAAUCAACCUGGCAACUGCUGAGGAUGCUGGGAGCUACAAGUGUGUGGCCAGCAACAAAGUGGGCAGCAGUGAAGCGUUUGUCAAAGUCACUGUCAGAUCACCGCUGGCGGUGCGUGUAUCCCCUCAGGUUGAGGUCAAAGCCCGGGGCGGCACGGUGGAGUUCACCUGUUCAGCUGCAGGUGGGGUAGAGACCAAGAUUAGGUGGCUCAAGGAAGGAGGGGCCUUGCCACCAAACCACCACAUUAAGGAUGGAGUGCUCAGGAUUGAGAACCUGGAGCAGAGCAAUGAAGGGGUCUACAUUUGUAGAGCGAGUAGCGUGUAUGGUGAGGCUCAGGACACCGCCAGGCUGACCAUUCAAGCUCUACCAAAAGUCAUGAUCAAUGUGCGAACCUCAGUGCAGACAGUAAUGAUUGGGACUUCUGUGGAGUUUGAGUGUCAAGCCGUUGGUGACCCGGAGCCGACAAUCAAAUGGAGCAAAGUGGACGGCUCUCUGCCGGCCCACAUCGUGGUGAAGGGCGGCAUGCUGAAGAUCGAGCGGGUGACCGAAGUUGAUGCCGGCCAGUAUCGCUGUACGGCAACCAACAAUGUGGGCUCGGUUCAGUCCCAGGUGGUCCUCAAUGUGCAGUCUCUCCCUCAAAUUGCUACUCUACCAGAAAAGAAGGAGGUGACGGUGGGGUCAGAUGCUGUCUUGCCCUGUGUGGCUUCAGGAUACCCUGCUCCUAAUAUCAAGUGGUCAAAGAUGGAGGAAGAGCUUCCGUCAAAGUGUUUCCAGGAGGCCAACGUGCUGACAGUCCCUCAGGUCACCCAUGAAGAUUCAGGCACAUACAUCUGUACUGCAUCUAACAAACAGGGCAAGGUGGAGGCUUUCACCACCCUGGAAGUCCAUGAGAGGGUAAUGCCCUACUUUGCCCAGGAACCCUUGUCGUACCUCACCCUGCCCACCAUUAAAAACGCCUACAAGGCUUUCAGCAUAAAGAUCAACUUAAGACCUGAUAACGUUGACGGUCUCAUAUUGUAUGCUGGUAUGAUCCUCUACAAUGGCCAGAGAAGAACCACUGGAGCUGACUUUAUCUCUUUGGGACUAGUGAGCGGCCGUCUGGAGUUCAGGUUUGAUGUGGGCUCUGGGAUGGCUACAAUACGUGACCCCAACCCCAUUAAAAUAGGAGAGUUUCACACGGUUGAGUUACAUCGCAACAUUACCCAGGGUUACAUUGUUGUGGAUGGAGGUGAACCCAUUACUGGCACCUCACAGGGAAAAUUCCAAGGCCUUGAUCUGAAUGAGGAGCUGCAUGUGGGGGGCCAUCCAAACUACACAGUCCUUGCUAAGACUGCUGGCAUCAAGUCUGGUUUCGUUGGCUGCAUUCGUCAGCUGAUCAUUCAGGGAGAAGAAGUCAUCUUCAAGGACCUUGACCGCAGCUCUACUGGUGUUACAAACUGUCCUACCUGCAAGGAUCAGCCAUGUCAGAAUGGAGGAAGGUGUGAGGAUUCAGACGCCAGCUUAUACAAAUGCAGCUGCCGCAGUGGAUUUACAGGCAGCAACUGCCAACACCUCUCAUCCCUUCACUGUCAUUUAGGAGCCUGUGGACCAGAUGCCACUUGCAUAAACCGUGCUAAUGGUCGGGGCUAUGACUGCCGCUGCCAUCUUGGCAAGUCUGGAGACAAAUGCAUGGAUGGUGAACUUGUGACGACUCCGCUGUUUGAUGGCACAGAGUCAUACAUAGCUUAUCCUCCUUUGACGAACAUCCAUGAUGACCUGCGAAUUGAGCUGGAAUUCAAGCCACUGGAGAAUAAUGGCCUCAUGUUCUUCAGUGGAGGAAAGAAAAUGAAGGUGGAAGACUUUGUGGCCAUCUCCAUGGUGGAGGGACAUGUGGAAUUCCGAUACGAACUGGGAACAGGACAGGCAAUCCUUCAUAGUCCUGAAAAACUCUCACUGGGAAUUUGGCACAAGGUAGUGGCCGAGCGGAACAAAAGAGCCGGUUACCUCAAAGUCAACCAAGGCCAAGUGGAUAGGAGGACAUCUCCAGGAAAAGCCCAGGGCCUUAACAUUCAUACGCCCAUGUACUUGGGAGGAGUGCCCAGCAUGGACAUCCUGCCUAAGCCAGCCAACGUCAGUGCGAUGUUUAGGGGCUGCAUUGGAGAGGUUUUCAUCAACAACAAGAAGGUGGAUCUGUCCUACAGCUUCACAGAGAGCAAAUCAAUCAGUGAAUGUGUGGACUUAAGUCCUUGUGAUCGUCAUCCGUGUCUCAAUGGUGGCACCUGCAAGUUGAGUCCUGAGUAUGAGUACCAGUGUCUCUGCAGGGACGGAUUUGAAGGUGAGCGAUGUGAAGUGGUGAAGUACGUAUGCCAGAGCGAUCGUCAGUGUCUCAACAGCGGCAGCUGUGUGGACGGCAUGUGUGAGUGUGCGCCCGGACACACGGGCCUCAACUGUGAGGAAAGCCAGCUCCUCAGCUUCACUGAAGCCCCGGGGAUAACGGAAGCCAACGAGGUCAAUGAUUCUCCCUUUCAGUACGCAGCUCAAUUCCGCAGCGAUGGAUAUGUGGCUCUUCCAAAAUCCAUUUUUCCAAGAAGUGCCCACGACUCUCCAGAGACCAUUGAAGUAGAAAUCAACACUCUGUCCUCUGAUGGGCUGAUCCUGUGGCAGGGAGUGGAGACCGUCGGUGCACGCAAUUUGCGAAAGGUGCAUGCUAGCAAAAAGGAACCUGGCGAACACAGCAAGGGGAAAGAUUUCAUCAGCCUGGGCCUUCAAAACGGACACCUGGUUUUCAGCUACCAGCUGGGCAGUGGAGAGGCUAAAAUCCUUUCAAAGAAGUCCAUAAAUGAUGGGAAAUGGCAUAAGAUCACAGCCGUGAGGACUGGAAAAGAUGGAUACAUCCAGAUUGAUGGAGAAGAGCUGGUGCACGGACAAUCUAAAGGCAAAAGCGUCAUGGUCAACACCAAAGGAAGCAUAUAUCUCGGCGGCGCUCCAAACAUGUCCGCGAUGACAGGAGGGAAGUUUUCCUCGGGACUGACGGGCUGUGUGAGAAACCUGACACUGAUGAACGCUCGGCCAGGCCAGCAGCCAGCGCAGGCCGUCGACCUGCAGGCACACGCCGCCCGCGGCGUCAAAGUUCAUCCCUGCUCCUCAUAGACACACACACCCACACACCACACAGAGAGACUUGGGAGUGACGUCAAACACACACCACAAGACGCACUCAGAGACUUUCAUGCACGGAGCCCGACAUGACAAACCCUAGAGCGAUGCUUCUCUCUGUGUGCCGUAAAACCAAAAAGAAAGCAAAAAGAACAUCUUUUUCUCUUUACCUUUGUGCUUUUAACCAAGGACUUAAAGCAAAGGACAACCAGAACCCUUUCAGCUGUAGUUUUAGCCACGAGAAGAUUAAGAGUAAACUUUUUAGACCUUUUAGAAGGAGUCAGAUCCUAUGGAGUUGGAGAGGUUCACAGCACUGAACUUUUAUUUAUAUAUAUGAAAAUAUAUAUUAUAUUUGUCGGGGGAAAACAUGCAAACUAACCAUAAAACUGCUUUCUAGCUUUCCUAAUCUGUUUUAUUCUGGGUUCUAGUACCGUGUGUGUGUGCGUGUGCGUGUGUGUGUACAGGCUGUUUAUAUCUGCAUUAAUACUUGAAGAUGUUUAGGCCUUCUCUCUUCACCUCUGUAGAGGACUCCUUCUCCUCGAACAUGCUCAAAGUCUGUAAACCUGUUGGGAUGGGGGAGCACAAAAGGUCAAAGGUCACAUGCAGCUUCGGUGCGAAACUCAGGACGUCGAACAGAAAACUCCAAACGUCAUAACGUUCUGCUGCUUUAAACUCACUGUAAUUUUGCUUUUUGCCGAAAAUGUGCUUUUUUCCUUUUGUUUGUAUUUUUUUAUGGAAAGAAAACAAAAAAAAUGGUGCUAAUUUUUAGAUAUGGAUCAGUAUAUAAACAGAUUUGCAUUUAAAAAAAACAGCUUUAUGUUAACAUGCACGUCAUUGGAUGCAUGUCUCCUUUGAUUGAGUAGAUCUCAAGAAGGUUUUGUUUCCUCCAUAUGUAUGUUGAUCAAAUGAAACAGUCAGGUAAGAAAUCUGUAUCCACUUGGCUUUUUAUUUUUUAUUUUGUUCCAGGUCAAACUCCACUUUAUUUUGGUGUCAUUAUCCCCAAGAGGAUCAGUUCAGAACCGCCUCAUCAUUUCUGGUUUGGUAGCUUUAGAACCACCUCGGCGAAGCCUCUGUGGCGGGUUUUUUUCUCUGUUCGUCUUCAUGGAUCCAUGUAGGGAUGCUAAUGAGACCUCCUGCAGAUCGUGAUGGUUUAUGUCAGCAAAAACACACAUGACGUUGGCAACACACCCCUCUUUUGGGGUUUACAAUUGUCUCUUACUUUUUAUCCAGCUUAAAACACGUGUGUGUAUGUGUGUGUGUGUGUGUGUUGCUAUCCAAUCGCGAGCGCUCCUGUUUUCAUUUUAAUUAAUUUGUGGGUUUUUUAUGUCUCUUUUUUUCCCUCUCCAAUCUCCUUUUUAAUGCUUUUUGUCUGUAGAUUUUAGGUUACACAUGCCUGGUGUUUUGCUUUCCUGCAUUUUGUAUUGCCUCCCACCCCCCACACGCAUUUUGAGUUCUUUCAUUUAGUUCAUUUCAACGUUUUCCAUAAAUUAUGAUCCAAGGAGGGGACAUGCUUGGUUUAUUAAAUGAAAACUGGCCUUAAAAUCACUACAAGAUCCAAAACUAAAAAAAAAGAGGGUUGAGUAGUAAAUAAAUACAUUUUGGGUCGACUUUUUUUAAACAUUGAAGCAUAGAGGGAUACUGUGUGUUCAAUUCUAGUGCAUCUGCUCCUAAACUGGAUUGUCAGACAGACCGUGUCAUCAUAUAAAUCUGUCAGUAACCUUCAUUUUUAACAUGAUAAUAAGUAUAAAACUGCACUAUUAAAAUUGCUGGACAGCUCGCUCCACUUUAUGUUUUUAAAGCCCCCUACAGUCUUGGUAAUGGCAGACAAAGAAGAGGAGGAGUUGUAAAAAAGUGUACCAGAUUGAACUUGUCCAUGUUACAUAUUCUCAUCCAGAUGUUCCCCGUUGAUGUUUCCUAAAUAAAAACAGAAUUCAUGUGC